GCAAAACCUCUCCUCAGAGCUUAUGAAGAACUGAAAAUAUCUGAGGACACCUAGAGCAACUAUCAAAAGGUUGUGUGAACGGCUUUAUGAAGGCAAAUAUUUGAAGAGAGGACCUUUGAAAUGUCUGUAAAUUAUGCUUCUGGACUCUCGCCCUAUGCAGACAAAGGUGUAUGCGGACUCCCCGAGACGUUUGAUAGUCCCGAGGAGCUGAAAGCGAAGGUCCAGACUCUAGCUCAGUUGAUAAAGGAGUCUCAGUGCCUGGUUGUCCACUCUGGAGCAGGCAUAAGCACAUCAACAGGCAUACCUGACUUCAGGGGUCCAAAGGGUGUGUGGACCUUGGAAGAGAAGGGUGAGACACCCCACUUUGAUAUCACAUUUGAGGAUGCUCGACCCAGCCUGACUCACAUGGCUCUAGUAGGGCUACAAAGGGCUGGCUACCUCAAAUACCUCAUCAGCCAGAACGUGGAUGGCCUGCAUGUCAGAUCUGGCUUCCCCAGGGAUUUGCUAUCCGAGCUCCACGGAAACAUGUUUGUGGAGGAGUGUGAGAAAUGUGGCAGGCAGUACGUGAGAGAGAAGGUGAUCGGUGUGAUGGGGCUGAAACCCACCGGACGCUACUGUGAAGUGGUCCGCUCCAGGGGACUCAGAUCCUGCAGAGGGAAACUCAUCAGCACCAUACUGGACUGGGAGGAUGCUCUUCCACACAGAGACCUAACCAAAGCAGAUGAUGUCAGCAGACGAGCAGACUUGGCAUUGACUCUGGGAACCUCCAUGCAGAUCAAACCCAGCGGAGACCUUCCACUCCUCACUAAGCGAAAAGGUGGCAAGGUGGUCAUCAUCAACCUACAGACCACCAAACAUGAUAAGCAUGCGUACCUGCGUAUCCAUGGUUACGUAGACGAGGUCAUGAGACAGGUUAUGGACUUGCUGGGAUUGGACAUUCCAAAGUGGGAGGGGCCGACUAUCUGCGAGAGCGCCGCGGCCAUCUCUGAAUCCACCACCCUUCUCAAGUCACCAGGUGCAGCAAAGAAAGGGGUGAAAACUGAGGUCAAGAAGGAGGAGAGAAAAAGACUCGCCAUACCACAAACAGACGAGGAGCAGGUUAACAAGGAGCCAAUUACUGUGAAGAAGGAGAGAACAGAAGCCCCCGUAGGGUUUAACAAAAAGAAAUAG